AUGUUCAAAAGCGAAAGCAACCCGUCAAGGCUGAUUUUUGGAAAGCGUGUCGUCGGGACAUCCUCAAGGCUGCGGCGUGAAAACUGCGCAGGGGCGUGCACCGUAUCUACGAGCGCGAGCUACAAUGGCAAUCUGCAGGCCUCCUCCCAUAGCUGCAGCACCCCACCGCUUGGUGGUAGCACCCUGCGGGUCGCCAGCAGCUGCGUACUAGAAAUGCUAACGGCGGAGCCACCACUCCUGCUCGAGGGAAGCACAUCGACAACGACAACGACAACGAUGACGCCAACAACGACGACGGCUAAUCAGCGUCGCAACAACGGUUUUUUUCUCCUUAACUACUAUCAGAACUCUGGUGUGGAGGAUGACAGCGUUGUUGUGGAGGCGGGGGAGCCGAGUAGCCCAUUGGCGUGCUUCCGCUCAUCCCACUCUCAGUCGGUGCGUGUGACGUCGCCAAUUAUAGUGCCCGAGGAACUUUCUCCAACCUAUGGUGCCGGUGAAUACACCUCCUCGCCGAGAACGCGGCGAAAGAACGGCACUAAGAAGGAGUCUGAAAAGGAUUUAAACCAUUACAGCAGCAAGACCAGCUCGCGGUGGCACUCUAGCAGUGUGGGUGGCGUCACACACAGCAGCGUGACGCGCUCGCAGGAUUCGACGGAGAAGGGCCCGAUGCGAGUAAGCCUCGCGCACAAGGCGCUGAUUGGUCGAGGCAGCUUUGGUGUCGUUUUCCAGGCCAUGGACCGCGACACCAAUCAUAUCAUCGCAGUGAAGGAGAUAGACUUUACAAAAGGUGCUGACAACAAGGCGGUGGAAGCAGUGCGCAAGGAGCUCGCGAUGCUGAAGUUGCUUGACCACCCGCACAUUGUGAAGUGCCUAGGCGAAGAGUGUGAUGAGAGUUGCUUGCGCAUUUACCUUGAGUACGUAUCGGGCGGAAGCAUCAGUAGCGUCCUGCGAACCUUCGGACCGUUCCAGGAGAAGCAGGCGUCCAUCUACGCGCGGCAAAUGCUGGAGGGACUGGAGUAUCUGCACAGCAUGAACAUCAUGCACCGCGACCUCAAAGGCGACAACCUCCUUGUUGACCCGCACGGGACGCUGAAGAUAACGGACUUCGGCACCGCAAAGAAUCUCCUUGACCACAGUGACCCCACUGCACUCGCCGGCACGGCGUACUUUAUGGCACCAGAGGCCAUCCUCGGAAAGGAUGUGGGACUCCUGAGCGAUGUGUGGUCUGUUGGCUGCUGUGUGAUUGAGAUGCUCACAGGUAGCCCGCCCUUCUCAGAGGUGAAAAAUCAGUACGCCUUGAUGAUGCGUGUGGCGGGGACGAAAGGGGAACUGUUUCCAGGCAUGAUUCCGGGUGGGCGCAAGUUCUCUGAAAGAGCAAUGACGUUUUUGCGUAGAUGCCUCCAGCGCGACCCGAUGAGGCGGCCCAGAAUGGGGGAGUUGCUGAGGGACCCGUGGAUUGUGAGCCCGCCUGACGGUGUUGAGCCCGCACAUGUUCUCAAGAACAAUGGCGGCAGCAAUAGUAACAGUAACAACAACAAGAGCAGUGCGCUGCCCGAGGGCGUACCUUGUAGGAGCAAAAAGGCCUCGGGUGGAAGUGGCUGUGGAGCUGGGAUUGAUGGCGUGGAUAGAAGUAUUGGUAUUCGGUGCUCACAGUCAUCACUUCCUCCUCUUGAUCCACGGGGAAAAAGUGAGAGGCAUGCCCAUGAUGUUGACAACACCCCGCCAAUGGGCAGGAGAAAACCUGAGAACGGCCAUCAACCCAAACGCCGCAGCGUCAGCAGCUGCACCACCACCAGCAGCAGAAGCAGCAGUAGCAGCAACAACAACAACAACAGGAACACGAGCACAGCCAAUAACAAGGGCAAAAGUAGCAGUGUCAGGAGGUAG